CGGAACUAUUUUGACGCGACACACAUCGUGGCGCUUGUAAAUGUGGCAAAUGUUGCUACAACUAUUGUGAAUGCUGUUAGUUUUUGGGGCAUUUAAUACGUUUAAAUGUAUACAUUUGUUUUAUUAUUAAAUGCAACGCAUGGCUGAUCCAAAGCAACUUCCUUGCCAAUAACUUCACUGCGAUCCCAGCGCCCACGAUGGACCGAGAUCUGCUGAGGCAAUGUCUGACCCACCACGGGGAGUCCCUGUUCAACACCCUGCAGUGCGAGCAAACGGAGAACCCCGACUUCCAGGCGGUAGCCUCUGACCUGGCUAAGGCCACCUACGAGAGGAGGGGGGCGGGGGAGGGGUGUUCCCUCGUGGAGCAGUUUAUCGCCCGGAAAGCCGACAUCCUCUUCUGUCCAACGUGGCGGACCGCCGUUCCCCGUGAGGAUGAGUUGGAAGACGAAGAGGCCACAGAGCCGUACGCCAUCAUGCCCCCGGCGGAGCUGUUCAUGGAGGUGCCCUUCGAGGAGCGGCGGGCCAUGCUGUACCGGGACCUGGAGCGGGGGGACGCCGUGGUGGGCCGCAUUAACAACAUCCGGGAGUACGGCUUCUUCCUCACGCUGCUGUGCGCGGCCGGCGGCCUGAGGCGGGACAUCGAGGACCUGGAGCUGUCGGCCCUGUGUCACAUCAAAGAGAUACCUUCCACCGGAAGCCAUGACGACCCUCUCUCCUACUACCAGAUAGGAGACCUCAUCCGAGGGGGUGUGAAGGACCUUGACCGCUACCAGGAGAAGAUCACAGUGUCCCUGCUACCCGCCUCCCUCUGUCCACGCCUUGCACACAUCAAACUGGGCGUGGUCGCCAGGGAGGAGCUGCCCAAACACUACAGCCGCGGGCUCCGCGUGGCCAACGACACCCGCGAGACGUACGAGCGGAUCCUGCGCGGUUGCCACGGCUACCACAACCCCUCGGUGGUGGAGUACCUGCUGGGGAGGGCGGGGGUCAGUGACGACCGCCCCCCGUCGCUGAUGAGGGGGCUGCAGAGUAAGCAUUUCCACGAGGAGGACUUUGCGACUGUGAUCAGGAAGAAGCAGUCCGCCUCCUGGGCCCUGAAAUGCGUGCGCUCCGGCGUGGACCACUUCAAGCACGGCCGUCACGUGGAAGCCAUGAACGAGUACAACAAGGCCCUGGAGAUCGACACCAACAACGUGGAGGCCCUGGUCGCACGCGGAGCCCUCUACGCCAACAAAGGAGGCAUGAUGAAGGCCAUCUCGGACUUCGAGCUGGGCCUGGAGACCUGCCCCGACCACCGCAACGCCAAGAAGUACCUGUGCCAGACCCUGGUGGAGAGGGGCAAACAGCUCCAGGAGCAGGAGAAGUUUGUGACAGCCGAGGGGCUGUACCGGAGGGCGCUGUCGCUCGACGACUCGUACCCCGAAGCGCAAGCAGCCCUGCGAAGGAUCACCGACACCAUCCAGAAAUCAAUCCGUCUGCGAGAAGAGGCUACGGCUAAGGAGACAGAGAAAGCUAAGUCUGGAAAGACCAGUGCACAGAAAUUGCGUAAGAUCUUGAAAGAUGAAAAGAGGUGAGUUGGCAAGCGGUUACGAGAAAUGGAAGGUAACGACUACUGUUAAUUCAAAAGCAAUGAACACAGCACAGGUUGUAUGUUUCAGAGGAAGUGUAAAAGGUGCUUGGUUUGUAAUAUGACGAUAAAGUUAAUAUCUGAGGAUAAGUAAUGCUACAUGCACUUUAAACAUAUCUACAUAUAUAUACCUAUUUUGUACUCCUUUAUGUAGUUUUAGUUUUUCUGUACAUCUAUGUUGUGAACGUGGACACCGGGCGCCUUCAGGAUGAACUCUCAUUCCCUGUCCUGUCGUCUCCUUCUCUAGGAUGAAGAAAAAACGAAAGCGGUCGUCUUCCUCCUCCUCCUCCUCCUCCUCUUCCUCAGAGCGCCCCUCCUUGUCCCCCACCUCGACCACCUCCUCGCGCCGGAGGUCCAAAAAGAGGAGGCGCAAGCGGGGGGGCUCGGAGCGGGGGAGUCAGCGCCGCCGCAGGCGCUCCUCCAAGAGGAGUGAGGAGGAGGAGGAGGAGGAGGAGUACCCGGCGCCCCCCAACACCUCCGCCUCCUUCCUGUACCGGC